GGGAAAGGAGCAAUACUAUUGGAAAGGUCUUACGUGCCUUGCAUAUAACGACAGGGCUUGCAGUAAUACACCUCUUUGAACUCAUUUUGAGUUGGAGUAUCCCCAGUUGCACCGAGAUUUUACAAUAAAGCUCUGAGUAUAGGCCUCUGAAUACAAUGACGGGCCACAAUGAUGGCAUGUCCGGCGGGGCUAUGUCUGGAAUGCCCUCUAUGAUGAAAUGCGACGGCUCGCCAACCCCCGAGCGUCAGGGCAACUGGCAGGGGCACGUGUUCCCUGGAACAAUAUUCCUCAUCUGGGGAGCGCAUUGGUUCAUAUCUGCCAGCUGGCGCCACAUAGUAGCGAUGCGGGCGGGCAGGCCGUACCAGUCACGGUCCACGGAGGGGCUGCUGACUAUGGUGCCCGGCUUGAAGGGGUUCAACAGGUACCCUGUGGAGUCCAUUCUCAAGGCUUUUGGCGGGUUGCUGCUUUUCAUCUUGCAAAUCACUUACGGUGGCUACAAGACCCUGGUGUGCCCCGACGGUAUCCGUGUCGGCCACUUCGCUACGCAACACAUCAACUCCUGGUCGCACGCAACCAUGAACCUGGGCUACAGCCUUUCCGGCUUUGUUGAGCUCCUAAGCGCCCACUCCCGGUUUCCAAGCGGCACCAACAUGGCCUUCCUCUCUUUCGGCUUCUUCAUUGAGGCCCUCCUGUUCACCCUGCACGACAAGGACAGCGCCGUGGACUCGCGCGUGCACUUCCUGCUGGCGCAGACCUGCUGGGCGGGCGCCAUAUUCGCGGCGCUGGAGGCGGCAUACCCCGAGAACUUCCUGCUCUCUGUUGGGCGAAUCGGAUCCAUGCUGCUGCAGGGCAGCUGGUUCAUCCAGACGGCGCGGGUGCUGUUUGAGGGUAUCACGCUUUGGGAUGACGACCACAACAACGACGCCGCGCCGGCGAUGUUCCUGCCGGUCUCCUACUCCUUCCACAUGAUCUUCGCGCUCGCCGGCAUGGUCACAGUCUACGCUGGACUGGAGGCAAUCGCCAGGCGCAUUACACCGGCGGCAACGUGUGCGGAGAGCGGCAACCCCACUUACCACGGCUACGAGACCUCGCGGCUGCUGUCAGAAGAGGACAGCCUUGACGGCGCAAAAGCGAUUGCGUUGGGGAACAUGAACAGCUUGCGCAGGAACUGAGUCACGUUUCAGCAUGGGAUGUUGAGGAUGUUGCAAUAAAGUCGAAUCCGCCAAUGGUCUGCGAUGAUAAGACGCCGUCUUGCCUUAUUUUCUACUAGCAUCAUAUGUGCUGUGACUUCCAACGAAGCAUACCGCGUGUUAUCGCUUAACGUUAACAGAGUUGCGACUUCAAUGCUCGUGAAGGGGACUUUUCACAGCGUGCGGCCAGCGCCGCACCGACGUAGCGUUCAAGCGCCAUGUAGGCGUAGUUUUCUUAAUGUUCGUGCAGAGACUGCGGCAGGUGAGAUGUGCACACGCAACGCCUGUGAGAUGUUGGAGAGGUUGCGAGCGGUAGCGUCCAGACACCGUGGAGGACUGCCUUUAUUUAUCAAUAAUAAUAUACUAUCUACGGUUAUUGUAAUGCCU